AUGAACGCUCCCCGCUACAUCCCCCGCAACUCCCAAGAAAAUCCGAACCACAUCUACGCCCUCCCAGCAGAUCUAACCACCAACGCCGGCGUGGUCCAACGCUACAACCUCAAAGGACCCAUUGAAAAGAGGCAGAAGCGAUCGGUUCGUGGCUUGGCGAAGCAGUACAUUUACAGCGGCUCGGAGUCGGACUCAGACAGCAGUGAUGGAGGUGAUUGUGCUAGAGAUUUGUGGGAACGCCCUGAUGGAGACUUGACGCUGGAAGAGCUCUUCGAACGAGCGUCGUUGUCUGCGCCCAGAGGUGCAUUGCGUGCGAGGUCGUGGAGUGUACCGACGGUCCAGGUGCUGAAGAAAAGGACUCUGGAGCCGCGGGCAUGGGUAUGGGUGUUCAGGUGA